UCAAGGCCAGCCUGAACUGCAUAGGGAGACCCUGUCUCAAAAAAAAAAAAAAAGACGGAAAAAAAAAACCAACAACCCCCAAACCAAGCAAAGAUAGUGAUCUACGCGAUCCUAAUCCUGAACUGUUUUGCCAACCAUCUCAUCCUGAAGCCCAGCCCCCUCUCACCCCCCUUCGCUUCUCAGUGGGGUGCUUCCCUCCCAUGCCCUGCUGGCCUGCCAAGAGCUCUGACUUUGGGAGUUCUCAGCACUCGGGGAUGGGGCUGCGCGCAGUGGUUUUGGGAGUGCAGAAUCCUGCUUUCGCCUAGAGCCUUGUCAUUUCUCCGGUCUCCGUUUCCUCUGUAAGCGCAGAGACUGCACUCCUCUCCACCUUAGUAUUGUAGCAGUCUCUGAGGGGAGAUGAUGGACAGCCUGGCCUAAAUGACCUCAGCCAGACUCCCUGCUGGGGGCCGGGAGACAGCUCACAAAAUCUUGAAGAACCCCUGCUUGCCCUUUUCUUCUUCUAAGUCACGUCCUCUCCUGUGAGCCUGGGAGGGAGUGCUCUGAAAGCCUGUACUACCGUCCACGCUGUACUGUAGCGAUGAAUAAACUGCGGUGAGAUUGAAGUCUAUGCGUGGGCCUUUCCCCAGCCCCUUCCUUGCGUCACAAUCGGCCUGGGUUCUGGGCGUCCGUGGCAGAGGCUCCUUGGCUGCGGCUCUGCUGGGGCCGCGGAAGCCUGGGUGGCGGGAGGGUACGCGCCGGUUCCAACGACCCUGCGAGUCGGUGGAGCGGAGCAGAGCGAAGGGUGAGCAGACGGGAGCCGGGGCCACCCAGCCCCAUGGUCUCCGCCGCCCGCACGCUGCUCUGCGCCCUGCUGCUGAGUCUGGGGUCCCCGGCGGCGGCGGUGGCGGGGCGCCAAGGCCAGACCACGACCACAGCCGGGGCUCAGGGCGUCAGCCUCCGCCUUGGGGGCCCGGCCCGCAGCCGCAGCAGCAGCACUGCGGGCUCGGCCCGGACCCGCCCUCCCCGCAGGACCAGGGUGACCGUGGAAGACGACAGUGACGUCCUGGCCACCGCCGACCGCCUGGCGGGCCCGGCCGCUGCCGAGCUCCUGGCCACGGUGACCGGCAUCAGCCCGCCGACAGCGGCCAGCAUCAGCAAGGACCACGAGGGAUCUCUGGAAGAGGGGAUGGUGAUCUACGCCAGAGAGAAUGUCUCGGAGACGACCCCCAGCAGAAUGGGCGGUGCCAGCCGCAGCACCGAGGGGAAAUUUGCAGCCAACACCCAGGAGCCAGAGAUCAGGCUGACCACCAGCCUGCCGCCGGCCACCUCGAGGACCACCGGGGAAGAGGGCGACGUGCUGAGCUCCGAGACCCUGAGCCAGUGGUCCACGGCCGGCUCCAAGCCCAGCGGGUGGCCGCGCUCCUCCCCGAUGACCAUGCCCGCGCCCGAGGAUCUGCGGCUGGUGCUGAUGCCCUGGGGCCCGUGGCACUGCCACUGCAAGUCAGGCACCAUGAGCCGGAGCAGAGCUGGGAAGCUGCAUGGACUUUCUGGGCGUCUUCGAGUUGGGGCGCUAAGCCAGCUCCGGAUAGAGCACCGGCCUUGCACCUACCAGCAGUGUUCUUGCAAUCGACUCCAGGAAGAAUGUCCCCUGGACACGAGUCCCUGCCCCGACGCGGGCUGCAGAUCUCGGGUCACCACCACCACCACCACCACCACCACCACCACUUCUCCCAUGCCCCCCAUUCACCUGAGGCGCAGGCCCAGCCCCCACCCGCCCAGCACCUUCUCGCCCAGCCCCAGCGCAGCUCUGGCUUUUUGGAAACGGGUGAGGAUAGGCCUGGAGAAUAUCUGGAACAGCCUGUCCAGAGUGUUCACAGAAAUGCAACCAACAGACGUAAACCAGAGGUAAUGGAGACUUCAUCCACAAGAGGUGGUGUCAACAUCUCAACUUUUCCUCUCCUUUCAAUCCCAGCACCCACUAAUUAUUUUUAGUAUACAAAAAUAAAACUGAAAAAAAC